AUGGCAGGUGAGUUAAUAAGUUGGCAUUCAUCUUCUGGUGAGUUAGGCUGUUCUGUGUAUUUUUAACUGGUGACCGCCGGGGCAUAAAAACAGUUGCUUUAGUCUCAAGACAUUUUAGGCUGGAUUUUUUUUUUCAGAGUUGUAAGAGCAUUUUAUGUUAUCCUAGUGAAAGUCAAAAAUCUGAAUCAUAAGCGAAGGUAGCGUGACAGGCGUUUUAAAGGAAAGGGGAAGGAAAUUCCGGGCUUGCGAGAAGCGCGAAACUGGCGAGCGUGGGGGAGUGUACUGAACGCCUGCAAGGACGCUAUCAUGGUCUGUCACAUCUAUCGAAGAGAUGUAAGAAUAUUGAUUACUUUAAUUAAUGAUACCUUAAUCCGGUUGAUUGAAGUCAACAUCAGGCUAUUUAAAUAUGUUUGCGAGUGCUAAAGAAAAGCGACAAAAAGUGGCUUCGACAACUUCGUCUCCUCUCGAGUGCCUCUCGCGCGUCUACGUUUCACGAUAUCCCGCAAAUUUAGAGUUUGUCGCAGGCUAACAGUUUCAGUGUCACGAAACAGUGUAUUGAUUAUAUCCCAUAUUACCUUUCGGGAUUGUCACGUGCACCUUUUCCGACAACCUUUCUCGAAACAGCUGUAUACGAGAAGGCCGGCGGACUCGCUUGCUGAGAUCUUCCUUCGAGCAACCAAGAUCUCGGCAAACGGGGCAGCCUGCCUUCUCAUAUAAACACAACAGCAAUUUUAUGAGGAAACAAGGCAUGAGCCGAGCCAGCCCCAUUAACAUAAGCUGGUUCAUCUCAUCUCCCUUUUUUGUUUCAGGUGUGACGAAAAUGCAAAGAUUGGAGACAAUGAUCUACGCAUCUUCUAAAGACACCAUCAAAAAGUCCUUCACCGGUUUAUCACUGGAAUUCCAAGCAAACGAUGAGGGCGAUUUGGAUUACAAAGCUUUAAGCGAAGAAGUGGAAAAAAGAGCUUUCUAG